UCUACGAAUUUUGUUUCACCCUUUCGUAAAGUGAGCGGAACUCCUUCAUAUCAUGCGACGAUCGGAAGAUGAGCAUUUCUCUUUCGCCUGCUUUCAGCAGUGUUGCGCCUUGUUCAAUGAAGAUGUUCCGAACAUUAUCCCGAGUGGGAAUGGCAGAUGGGCAAACCCUCGGCUCACGUUCAAGAAAAUAAGGGUAUUCUCCAAAGCUCGUUUGGGUCCUGUGUUAUAGCGAAACGCUGGAAAAUCACCCGCUUGGGGUCGGUUGAAGUGAAGGAUACUUUGGUGGUUGGGCGCGAUCCGAGGCCCGUGUGUGUAGCCAAUAAGAGGUGAUGUUGGUCCGUGUGACCGGCGGGCCGUAGUGUGCUGGAGGCCUCGAUAACGCCGCGGAGUCCUGCGCUUUCUUGGGUGGCGUAUCGUUAGCUGUGAGCGUCGCCCUGUCAGUACUGCAGUACACGUAGAUCUACGGUCGCUGGGUCGAUGGCGGUCUCUGCGGCUAGCUGCACUCUCGCUCGCUCGGUGUUCGUCAGCUACUUUCCCGAUCCGACAUCUGACCAGGGUGAAGAGAAUCAGAGGGAACGCAUCAAACAGCAUCAGCAUGAUGUUCAUCAGCUAACCGAGUUCCUCAUGGCACAUGGUGUCAAAUGCGAGGUUGAUCAUCUUACGCAUGCCUUCACCUGCACAGACGACUGGGUAGCGUGGCUGGAGGAAUGUUUGACACAAUGCGACUAUACUCUCAUGCUCGUCACACCAGCAUACUGCAAGCACUUCUCCGCCCGGUCUACAGGCCCACCUUCCAUGGAGGGUUUGUGCCAGCAUCCGGAGCUGUUCAAUAUUCAAUUUCGUAUCAUACGAUCAGCGUUGCUAGGCGCCAAUGCGGCAAAGCAGCGCCGGUUCAUACCGGUGUUCCUCGGAAAGACAAUUUGCAAGAGAGCAGAUCUACCAAUUAUGCUGCAAGGCAUGACAUCAUACCACCUCAAACUACCAUUGGCAUUGCGUCAUUGUGAGGAGAGUCCAUACACGGACACUGAUCGUCUGUACAAUCGAAUCACGGGCCAGAAAGCAGCAGCUGCACCAGAGCUCGGCCAUGUCAGGAAAGUGGCAGUGAAACCGCGCGGCAGGACGCUCAAAUCCGCACUCAACCAACCUUCAAGGCCGCCGGCAGCAUCAGCAUCAGCAGAAACAGUAGCUAUUCCAGCGGUGGUGGCAACAUCCACACCGAGUGCUGUUGUGGUGGGGACGGCAGUGCAUUAUGACGCAAAGCUACCAGGGAAUGUCAGUACAACAGCAUUGCCAAGCAGAGCCGCGGCUGCUGCCACCACUGCUGCUCCACGAGGUGACGUUAUCAGCCGCCUGCAGAGGAUGGCAGUGGCACCGUUUGACGCCACGGCUAAAUCAAGUGAGAGCUAUCUGAAUGAAGAUCUCUCAAGCAGGGGUGGUGACACGACCGCCAUCAGCGACAGUGCGUUUGAAUCAUGGCAGAUGGGAGACGGAAGCAUGCUGGCGUACGACGCCAUACCCAGCCGUGAUGUCCUGGCGAAGUUUGCCUGGCACGUCCCACAGAGCAUGAACUGGAAGGCACUGCUGAAAAUACUCGGCGUGAAUGGCAUGCAGUUGCGCAAGAUCGCUCUGACGAGUCCUGCAGACUGGCACGAUCAGCUCGUUCAGGCGUUCCUCUUCUGGUUGGACAGUGGCGCAAGUCGAACAUCGUAUCAUGUGCUAGCAUUAGGGUUGGUACGCUGUGGACAGACUGAACUGGUGGAACGGCUGGCACGCUCCCUGGACAAUGCAGUACAGCAACUGCAAUAGAUCAACUGGCAACAACAGCAGGGACACCAGAAGUAACAGCAUCAGCACCACCACCAGCAGUAGCAGCAGCAGCAGCAGUAGCAGCAGUAGUAGUAGCAGCAGCAGCAGCAGCAGCGGCAGUAGCAGCAGCGGCAGCAGUAGCAACAAGCAGCAGCAGCAGCAACACUACCAGCAACACAAGAGCCACAGUGACAGUAGUCGCUGUAGCAACAGCAGCAACACCACCAGCAACACCAGAAUCUAAAGUGACUGUAUCUACUGCAGCAGCAGCCGCCCUCAGACACAGCUGCAGCUACGUCAGUACAGGUCUACUCUCCAUAUAACGUACUCUCAGGGACCACGCAAACAUUAUGUUAUAUCGAGAGUUAUGUUAUGUAGAAAACCGUGGGUGAAAUACAAGAUGCACCUCAAAAUGAAGGGUAUUACAAGGCGGGUUCAACCGUGCAAACAUAUACACACUGUACCACCAUCGACAUGAGAUACCAUCAAUGCCGCAGAAUAUGUGCACAUAGGACUAAACUGGCUAGCUACGGCUACAGCUUGAUUGUACCGCGCACGUGAAUCUACGUUGUAUCGAGAGUGUACACGUCGGGGACUGCGCGUAUGGGUGCGUUAUGCCGAGGUUUAGGUUAUGUAGGACUAAACUGGCCUAAAGUCUGCCUAGCUACAGCUACCGCUUGAUCAUACCAUGCACGUGAAUUUAUGUUGUAUCGAGAGUGCGCACGUCGGGGACCGCCGCAGCGUGUGUUAUGUCGAGGUUUAUGUUAUGUAGGAUUAUGUUGUGUAGAACAAAUUUUGUGUGGGAGUGAUGCUGUUUCGGCGCGGGAUUUGAUUUUUUUAUGUACUAACGAGGUUUAUGUACAAGUGAGAGUUGUUAUAUCGAGAGCAGACCUGUACCCAGAACACCGGCACUGCAAUGAUUGAAACCAUACAAGCACCGACAA